AUGGCUCCGCACAGCAGCAGGGCGCAGCCUACGAAGGACGAGCUGGACAUGCUCGAGGCGAUGAUGGACAAGAUGGACGGACCCCGACCAUCCAGUAGCGGCGGCUUUCCCCCACGAACGACCUCGCGCGCCUCAUCGCACUCGCACCUCUCGCAUCAAUCCUCAAAUCGGUCCCUUCACUCGCUCAACUCGACGCAUGCCGCUCCCGGCUCUUCGAACGAUCCGCGAACCGUCAGGUCGCCGUCGGCGCUGUCGGACGUCUACAGCUCGAGGCACGACUUCGACGACGAUGCGACUCCCUCCGUCUCGCAGGGCGAAUGGGGUCGUACUCGGACUGUCUCCGCACAAACGUACGACGACAACAGCAGCAUUGACCGCGCACACUCUCCCGACGUCUACCGCUCCUCAUCCGCCCACUAUGCUUCCUAUUCUCGCUCGACGCCGGCAUCCCCUCGAAGUCGCUCCCGACCUACCCCUUCUCCACUUCCCGACACUGCACGGAGCGGUUCACCCCUCCGCUUGCUCCCUCGUUCGCCGGUCAACAACCGUACGCCCCUCGAAGACCUCACCUUCUUUCGCGAGGUCGGCGCUCUGGCGGACGAGCGGCCCUGGGGGUCGAGCUCCUCGCAGGCGGACGCCGACGCCGACUCGCUCUCGAUCCGAAGCGGGCACAGCAGCGUCCUCUCCGGCGGGAGCAGCGCUUUGCGAGCGAGCAACUUGCGAGCUGCGAGGCUGCGCGAGGAUAUCGAGAAGGAAGCGCAGCGUAUAAAGGAGCGCGCAAGUAUGGAGGAGAUGAGGCGAAAUGCAGAGGCUGCGUCGGCCGUAGCUGCGGGCCACCGCGCCAUCACGCCUGAUCCGCCUCGAACCUCACCGCCUGUCGAGCCGCCCGCUUCAGCACCUGCACCAACAUUCGGCGCGCGACAGUCCUCUGAUGGUCGACGAGACGUCCAGUCUGGGAUCCCGCUCUUUCCCGGCGCGCCUUCCCCCGCACCGUCCCCUUCCAUUCCGCAGGAAGACGACACUCGCUCAAUCCGCUCGGUCGGUUCGUCCGCCGCAACAGGGCCCUGGUCGUCCUCGCAUGGUCGCGAGGGGAAAUCUCACAGCGGGAGCGCCAGCUUCAGCGGCAGCGGGAUGUCGGGGAGUGCGAGUGCGCGCACCGAGUAUGGCCUGGAGGGCGGUUCGGGAGGAAGGGACAGGGAGCGGAGAACGAGGCAGAAAGAGUCGAGGGAGUGGAGCCAGACGUGUUGGGUCUGGCAGCGCGAGGUGAAGCCGGGAAGUUCGGGCGGAAUUAGCGCGAGCGGAUCAGUUGGUGGGUUUGCGGCGAUGAGCGGGAAGUUCAGCAAGGCGCCUCUUAUCCGCGACGUCCCCGCCGCUCUCAAGCGCAAGAGCAACAAGCGCGAAUCAGCGCAUCACCUUCUCUCGCCCGCCGAAGCCCUCCUCUUCAACGUCGAGGACUCGAAGAGCGGCGGCAGCAAGCCGAGCUCGUUGAAGGAAAAGGACAAGAGCAAGGAGAAGGGGAAGGACAAGGCGCCGGCUGGUCCAGCGGCUGCCUCGCGCGAUGGCAGAUGGCGCCGGGCUACGGCAGUCUUACGUGACGAUGGCUUCUUUCGGGUUUUCGCAGAUAGCGACAAAACCGUCGUUCAUUCGGUCCAUCUCCCUUCUCUCCGCCGAACCGACGUCCAUCUCGUCGACCAUUCGCUUUUCGGCCGACCAAACUGCAUCAGUAUCGCUCGUCCCGCCGUCUCGCCCAGCACUCCUCGACGAGCCUCUUUCCUCCCUUCGUCUUCCUCCUCAAUCACCCUCUCCCGCUCUGACGACUCGGUCUACCUCUGUUUUCCCUCGAUCAUCGCGACGCAAGUGUGGCUCGUCAUGGCGCACUGCUUCGCCCAGCCCGAGUUCUACCUUUCAUCUGGCGCCGCCACCCCUCGCCCGUUCCGCUCCUCGACUGCGCGAAGAGGCGGGCCGAGCGGCUUCCCCGCCUCGUCCGACAGUGGCAGCGACAGCGAGCCGGACGGGAAGGCAGACGAGCUCGAGUCGAGUUGCCGGAUCUUCAGGAGCUUGCAGGUCUCGAUCAAUGAGGGUCGGGCGCUGGGAGAACUCGCUACGGAGGUUGUCCGGCCAGGCCCGAAGGCGUCGUGGGAGCGCCCGUCGCAGGACGAACCGGACUUGACGACGAGCAGCUUCGACAGCAGCUCGCUCGGACCAGAGGCUUCGCCGGCCAGGUCGGUCUCGUCCAUGGCCAUGCCGCGUCUGCAUUCGCGGGCAAGCCACGACUCACGCGGCGCCGGCGGCGAUGGCUCCUCGUCAUCGUCGUCCGAGGCGUUCUGCGAGAUCGAGAUGGGCGGCGAAGUCGUUGCGCAGACUGCCGUCCGGAAAGGCACUUCGCCUUUCUGGAAUGAGACCUUCGUCUUCUCCGACUUGCCGCCACUCGUCUCGCCCAUCAGCAUCCGCGUCCUCCAGUCCUCGUCGAAGCAUGCGACAAAACCGUUGCUCAUCGGCACAGCCACCGUCCGUGUGCCCGACUUGCCUCGGCAGCAGAUCGUCGAGGACUGGUGGGCGGUCAAGCCGGCGAACCCAUCGAAGAGCUCUGACGCAGUCGGCGAAUUGAGUUUGUCUCUCAAGAUCAACGAGGAAGUCGUGCUGCCGAGCAGAGACUACCAGGAGAUCCUGAAUCUGCUCACCGACGAUCCGGAAGCCGACCUCGCCAGCGAGAUUGCGCACGAGUUCCCGGCGGACCUCGAGGAAGUCACUCGCAUCUUGCUUCGCGUCUACUCCGCCAAGUCGCUUCUCCUGCCACGGGUUCUCCGCCUGGCCGACCUCGAGAUCGACAGUAAUGCUCGCAAUAACCGCUCCGCCGCCAUCCUGUUCCGCGGGAACACGAUUCUCACCAAGACGAUCGAGCUGUAUCUUCGCCUCAUCGGCGCCGAGUAUCUCGACGCGUCUAUCGGCAACGUUAUCCGCCGCAUCUGCGCCGACAAGGUCGAGAUCGAGAUCGACCCGAUGAAGGUCAAGCCCGGCACGAAAGACAAGGACCUGCUCGCCAACACGCAUGCCCUGCACGAGUGGACGCUUACUCUGUGGAACUCGAUCUACGAUGCGCGAGAAAAGUGUCCGCACGAUCUGCGCCAAAUUUUCAAGCACAUCCAGACGGUCGUCGUUGAAAAGUACGGCCAAAGCGAUGACCAGAAGAACACUCGCUGGACUUGCGUCAGCGCCUUCAUCUUCUUGCGCUUCUUCGUCCCCGCCGUUCUCAACCCGAAGCUCUUCUUCAUCGUUUCGAAUCCGCCGGACCCGAAGGCCCAACGGACUCUCACCCUCGUCGCGAAGACUCUCCAAGGCCUCGCCAAUUUCUCGUCCUUCGGCCAGAAGGAGCCUUGGAUGCUGCCGAUGAACGCCUUCGUCCGCGAGAACCACGCCGCCUUGGUCGACUUUCUCGAACACGUCUCGACUCCUGGGUCAUCGGCCGUCCUCCGACAGGAAUGGACCUCGCCGAACGCUCCCGCAUACCUCGCGCCCUAUCGCCUCCGCAGCUCGCUUUCGCCCCUCGUGCAGGAGGGUGUUCCUCUCUUGCCGCACCUGGUCGACCUUCCACGCGAGCUCGGUGCGCUCGCUGCUCGCGUCGCACGCCUUGCAGCGGAGAAAGGGCCCAUCGUCGAGGAGUCGACUGCGUCCUACAAUGACCGCUGCGAGACCCCGUCCAUCGCCUCGUCCCGGGGUGGACGUUCUCGGCAGUUCGUCGACUUCGCCGAUGCUUGCCUCGACAUCUACAGCGAGUCACGGCGGCGAGGUGGUGGACUCGUAUCUGCGGCGCAGUAUCCGGACGUGCGGAUGAAGACGCCGGACCCGAAGAUGCGUGCGAAGCGUGCCAUGACCGGCCGGCCGCCAACCGCUUCGUCAAACGUGUCGACAGCCGGCUUGCGACGCUCCCUCGGCCUCGCUGGCACCGAUCGCAAUGCGCGAGCCGAGUCGACUGGCUCUGAGGACUUGUACAUCCGCAAACCGACGAGCCAGUCGGUCGAGCAGGACGUCGAGGCGGUCAGCGCCGAUCUCGCUCGCACGCAUGUGAGGGACGUCAGCGUCGAGUCGAACGACUCAGUCAUGUCGCGGCGGAAUCACCGGGCUUUUACCAUCAACGGGGCGGGCGCAGGCGGGAUCAGCGGUCUGUUGCAAGGAGGAGCGCCGAAGUCGUUCUCGACCGAAGAUCUCUCGCUCCUGGCGUCGUUGCGCUCGUCGUCGAGCGACGACAUCCGCGAAGGCGCCGCUUCGCCAUCACCCCUGCCGACAAGCGUCACCCUCACGAGUCUGUCGGGGUAUGCGAACCAGCCAAGCCGACCGUCCUACGAAGGCUCGCAGGUCUACGCUAGUCGCUCGAUUCCAGCAGCCAGCAUCCUCGCCCCUUCCGAGUGCGCGUUCCCGCCGAACCGGUCGAACAAGCCCUCCGCGACACCCUCGGCACCGCUCUCUACAUCGGCCUCGACGCGAACCAGCUCGACUUCGCGCUCGAGUCAGCUGGCGUCUCCCGUUGCGGCGCCUACGAGUCGCAUCCGCAUCACCCAGGAGACGACCACGACCACAAGCUACGAGCCGGAUGCGACGACGGCUCUCUCACUCGUCAACGGCGACUCGCCGGCCGCGGUCGACGAUGACUUUUCGCUCUCGCCGACCUCGCACGAAGACGGCACGCCCUUCGAGUCGUCCUUCAGUGGCUUCUCUGCGCCGCUCAUGCGUAUGCAGACGAGUCAGACCUCGGCGCACAGCGUUUUGACCGUCUUGUCCGGUCGCAGCUUGACGGCGUCGAGCAGCAGCGUCAGCAUCUCGGCAGAGGUCUCAGCAGGUGCCGCGGGGAGCAGUGGCGGAGCAGCAGGGCUGAGCGGGCGCAGGGCGAGCACGGCGGGCUUCAGCUCGUUCGGGCUCGGAGGAAGUGGCAGUCGUCGCGGAGGACCGGGCGAUCGCGGGUCAGGCAGCAUCAGCGGGGUGGUGCGGAGUGAUGAGAGCGAAGGAGGGAGUAGCAGGGCGAGUAGCACGAAGGGCGGGUUGCUUAGUCGGGCGAUGGGAAGGAAAGGAUCGCGGGCGAGUUAG